UAAGAAGUACAGAAGAGUUAGACAGGGACAGCCGAGAGUAACACAAGCCGCGGCUUAGUCUCCUCUACUUCAUGUUGACUCACCAGAAACAAGUAACAGAAGACGACAAAGCGAAGCUUUUCUUCGGGAAGAUGAUAUCGCCGGCGAACGAGGCGUCUCCGCAGCGGUCGUGAUGUCGCGGACUGGACGUUAAAAUUAGCGCGCUGCUUAGCCGAAGACUGCCGGCCGGACGGUGCCGCCUCUCCCGAGAAAACGUGCGAUGACUCACGGCGAUUUCUAUGGAUGAUCAUCUACUACUGAGUGAUUUUAGACAGCUGCCAAACUACGGGUUCGUCUUGGAAAAGGUUCGAUCCUCCCACCGAGUGUCAUGGACAACGUGAAACCACGCAGUUUUAGCAAUGAUGAGGACGAAGAGCUACACUCUACAGACCAAGAGAGCAAAGAGAAGAGCAAAGAUAAAAAGACCCUGUCCAAAGUAAAGUGGUCCCGAGAUGAGGAUGAAAAGCUGAAAAAACUUGUAGAGCAGCAUGGACCCGACUCCUGGAAACUAGUAGCUAACUUUUUCUCUGGGAGGACAGAUGGCCAAUGCCAGCACCGCUGGCAGAAGGUGCUCAACCCGGAGCUGGUAAAAGGACCCUGGACAAAAGAGGAGGAUCAAAAGGUCAUCGACCUGGUGCACAAGUACGGCCCCAAGCGUUGGUCGGUGAUCGCCAAGCACCUGCAGGGGAGGAUCGGGAAGCAGUGCCGAGAGCGGUGGCACAACCACCUCAACCCGGAGGUGAAGAAGUCUUCGUGGACUCAGGAAGAGGACAAGAUCAUCUACGACGCCCACAAACGCCUCGGCAACCGCUGGGCCGAGAUAUCCAAGCUCCUCCCCGGCCGGACGGACAACUCCAUCAAGAACCAUUGGAACUCCACCAUGAGGAGAAAGGUGGAGCACGAGGGAUACCUGCAGGACGGCUGCAAGAGCUUCGCCCCCUCUCACGGCGGUUUGAAGAGACGCCACCAGAGGCCGUGUCCCCCCACGCCGACGGAGCUGCAGCGCUGUGAUCGCAGUCCCCGGCCUCCACCGGCACCACCCAACCAGAUGGGGAGCUAUCCGUACGAUCCUCACAGCAGACACCUGAUGGACGCUGGCUUCGUAUCGCCGUUCUGCCCGGAUGAUCCUGACAGAGAGCAAAGAAUUAAGGAGCUUGAGCUGCUGCUUAUGUCAGCAGAGAAUGAAGUCCAGCGGCAAGCGCAGUGCAGAGGUCCACGUAGUUUGGAGCAGUACUCUGCCUGGUCCGACAGUGUGUCGGACAAAAUGUUGACAACGAGCAGCAGCAGCGUAGAGGAGCAGGCGGAGAGACGGGCCUGGAGGGGGCCCGAGACCCCCCGAGGACCCCCGCCUCCCAUCUCCCCCAGCAAGUUCCUGGCAGUGGAGGCCAGCGCCGUGCUCUCCACCCUGCAGACCAUCCCGGAGUUCGCAGAGACCAUGGAGCUCAUUGAUUCGAUGUGUUUCGCCCUGCAGGACCCCGGCGCGUGGAACGACGUGGCCAGUUUCGAUUUGUCGGAGACGGCGACGCCUCCCCGCCACAACCAGGCGGGCUACACCACUCUCCUGCAGGAGAGGACCGCAGACAACUCGAUGGCCUUAGCGGUCAACACUCCGCCCGCAGUACCGUCGGGUCGGGAUAAGAACGGCGCUUCGUUCGGUGCGGGCGGCGUCGCCUCCUUGACCCCGAUCAGCUCCUCCAGAAACCCCCAAGCCUCCGUCGGGAGGAGGCGGAGGAGGGAGAGGGGGGAGCCGUCUCCUUCACCUGACAGGACCCGCUCUCCGUUCUUGGAGAACAUCACAAAUUCUCCCAGGAAGACGCCGACAAAAUCGAUGCCAUUCACGCCGUCACGAUUCUGCAACAUGUCGGGGGCGGAGCACCUCAAUCUGGACAACCCCUCCCACACCUCAACGCCCGUGUGCGGCCAAAGGUGUCUCCUCCACACGCCGCUCCACAAAGAGACCACACCCAAGCACCAGAAAGAGAAUGAUGGUUUACGGACCCCUAAAUUCCGUAAAACGGUCAUGAUUCCAACCCCGCGAACGCCGACUCCUUUCAAAAAUGCUUUGGCUGCUCAGGAGAAAAUGCACGGGCCCCUAAAGAUGGAGCCACAGCCUCUGGCAUUUCUAGAAGAAGACAUUCGAGAAGUUUUGAAGCAGGAGACUGGGGCAGACUUCUUUAACAGAUCGGACCUGCAGCCAGAUUACAGAGCAUGGAAACAUAACAUCGACGGCCCGGCUAGAAAAGUGCGCAAGUCUCUUGUGCUGGACCCGUGGGGGAAAGACGGCCCCAGUGUCCAACUCUUCCAAGAGCAGCUCGACAACGCACCAGUGCCCGGCGAAAGCGUCCUCGCAGGCUCUUUGCUCGCCACCCGGACCCCCGAGAAAGAAGGGACAAGCCGCCCGCUGACUCCCGGGCGAGGGCCCCCCCCGUCGGUGGCCGCUCAUCCUCCUCGCUUCACGAGCCCCCGCGCGAAGAAGCUCCUCGCCUGCCGCAAGGCACCGAAACACGCGGCGGCACCGGUGAGUGAGUGGGAAGCGGUGGUUUACGGCAAGACGGAGGACCAGCUGAUCAUGACGGAACAGGCCCGCAAGUACCUGAACCCCUACACGUCGUCCGGCUCUACCUCGAGGGCCCUGGUGCUUUGAGGCCGCGCAUGCAACACUACU